AUGGCGAGUAAUGUGGAUGCUAAGCUACUAAAAGCUACCAAGUUCCCUCCUGAAUUUACCCAGAAGGUUGACAUGAAAAAAAUCAAUGUUGAGGUAAUGAAAAAAUGGAUUGCCAGUAAGAUUUCAGAGAUAUUGGGUAACGAGGACGAUAUCGUUAUAGAGCUGUGCUUCAACCUGCUUGAAGGUUCACGUUUCCCCGACAUUAAAGUCUUACAAAUCCAACUCACCGGCUUCCUUGACAAGCAGACUGCCACAUUCUGUAAGGAGCUGUGGCUGCUAUGCCUCAGCGCGCAAAGCAAUGCGCAAGGUGUACCAAAGGAGCUACUAGAGGCGAAAAAGCUAGAGCUGAUACAAGAGAAGAUUCAAGCAGAGAGGAUUGCAGAGGAGGCUCAGCAGCGGAGAGAACAAGAGCGACAACUGAUAGCGGAAGGCGAAGAUCUCCUCCGCCGCGAAGGUCAAAGACGUUAUCCUCUCGGUCUCGGACGCCGCCGCGGCGAAGAUUUCGAGAUGAGGCACCGCCCCGGAGGCGCCAAUAUACACCGAACAAAUCACGGACACCGCCUUCGCGAAGGCCUCGAGUGGAUGGGUAUAGUAAAUUACUGA